AUGAAGGAUAGGGAGGGGUGGGGAGAGGUGAGAAUAAGCCAUUUAGUUUUGUAACACACCCUCCUUUCGUUUACGAUUACUUGUAUAAUUAACGUUAUCUACCGUAAUUUUUGUUUUUUAUGAAACUGGGCCACAUUAUUCAAUUUACGUGCUAAUAACUCUUUUCUUAGCAUAAUAUGAAUUCGUCUUUUUCCUUUUAAAGUUCAAUUUCAGUUUACGACGCCCUUUGCAGUACCUUAGUAUGUUCAAUGUUACGACAGAAGACAAUAUCUUAAUCAUAAUGUCUUUAAUGGACACGUUCGACUGGUGUACAGUAGUAAUAGCGACUAUGGUUACUAUUUAUUUUGUCUUUACAGUAAUUCGAUGCCAUGCUCUUCAUCCUAAUUUGCGGUUUUACUUGGUAUGUUAUUGCAUUAACGUUUAAUUACAUAUAUAUUGUGAGUAACGUGUAGUGGGUGUUUUCUUGAAACGGUUGUUGAUAAUAAUUAAGUUAUUUGAACAUUUAACCUCUAUGAUCUUGCAUUAGAGAAUGGGUGUAUGUAUAUGGUUCAGUUUUGUAGUUUAACAUGAAGAUGUAAGGUAAAAUACGUUCACCGCAUUUAUACAAAACAAAAAAAAAUUUUAGUACUUCAGCUACUAUCACAACCAAUGACAUACCAUAUGAAAUUUAAUAUUAAGCCUAAUAUUCCUCUUCUAGGUCCAAAUAGUGCUACCUCUAAACCUGGUAGGCGUGACAAGAAUGUUAGCAUCAGUAAGCGACAGUUUCAACUACUACUCUAAUGACAGCGCUUACUGCGCAGUAACUAAUUUCGUGAAUAUAUUUGCGACAGGACUAAGUGAUUGUACUAUGUUAGCAAUAGUAACAGAAAGAUGUGUAGCAACAUAUAAUCGAAGUCAUUAUGAACAUCAAGAUAACAAGAUGGCUAAGAUAUACGGUAUCUUCAUGUUGUUUCAUGGCAUAUGCUACAACUUUGUUUGUAGGUACUUAGCUGGCAAGGUUGAUGGUAGGUUGUUACAGUACCGGUAUUGGGAGAAAGUAUAGUAUGAAAAUAAUGUUGGCAAUGCUAUUAGAGCUUGCCUAUCUCAUUUCAUGUAAAGCCUGCUAUUCUAAAACAAGUCUUUAGCUUUUUAAUAAUAUUGUGACACUAACUACCAAAAUGUUCUACUACAAUACAUAUAAACCAAUCAUUUUGCAGAAACCUUCCCAACCCGUUGUAUCUACCUCGACAGAUGGCCCUUUCUAGACUCAUUUAGCUUCAUAAUUUGUGCCACUUUCUCUAUAGGGUGCCUACCUUUGGUAGUGCUACUAUACCAAUACAAUAAGAAGCUAAAAGACAAUCGACAAGCUAUGGAGUCAUUAACUACUCGAUUUCAAGUCAAUGAAAACCUUGUGGUCUUGAGAUGCUUGUUUCCUGUAUUUAUUGUUAGUUUUGGCAUUUGUGGCACUUUUGGAUUAAUUUCUAUGGAAAUCUCUGGUUACUUAUCAUUGGCUGAGAGAAAUGACGUUAGUAAUCAUACUGUUUGGGUCGACUUUUUUAGGCAUGUAAGUAAAAAUUUUCAAAAAAAACGAAUAUAGAGACCACUAACAAUACAAAAUUUGAAAAAAAUUAUUGUUCUCCCCCCCCCCCCCUUCUUUAAAAAUUUUUUAAAACGUGCCGGACUAAAAAUAAGCCGGGCCUAGAAGGUGACACAACCUAAACCAAGUCCUUUUUCAGAUAUCCCACAUUUUUGUAGACUACGUGGCUUUGUCAUUUGAAGUGAUAUUCCUUUACUAUCAUCCAGUGAUAAGAAAUCGUUUUGCCAAAGACUUGGCCAUACUUAUACCUCGAGUUAACCCAGAAGAUACUAUCAAAACACCUCAAAAGUUCAUAACUGAUGGAAUUGGAGACGGAGAUGACUACUUUAACCAGUUACAAGACACUUGGAAAAUGAGAAUACCUAAAAACGAUGAAACUUAA